AUGGAAGUAUCACAGUUCAUUAUAUUUCUCCUACCUCUCCCCUUCUUCCUGUUCAUUCUCCUAAAACGCAGUAUCAGCAACAAUGGGAACCGUAAUCUUCUUCCCCCCAGCCCUCCAGGUCUUCCCUUGAUCGGUCAUUUUCAUCUGCUAAUGUUCGAUAACUCAGCCCCUCAUAUUUUCUUUUGGAAGCUCUCUCAAAAGUACGGUCCUCUCGUGUUCUUGCGAUUAGGGUUUAAGCCAACCCUUGUAGUUUCUUCUGCAAAAAUGGCUGAAGAGGCUAUGAAAACUCACGACCUCGAUUUCUGCAGUAGACCUAACCUACGUGGUGCUCGAAAAUUAUCUUACAACACCUCGGACGUGUCUUAUUCACCAUACGGUGAGUACUGGAAGGAGAUGAGGAAAAUUUGUGCAGUAAAUCUGUUUAGUAGAGUGCAAGAGUUUCGUCCCGUUCGAGAAGACGAAGUUGCUCGGUUGAUUGGAAAAAUAUGUCGAUUAUCUGUCGAUUCUAAGCCUGUCAACUUGACUGAGGCAAUGGCGUCCCUUUCCAGUUCAAUAAUUUGUAGAGUAGGCUUUGGGAAAAGGUAUGUCGAAGAAGGAGCUGAAAUAAGCAGGUUCCAUGGGUUGCUUAAAGAGAGUGAAGCCAUGUUCACAAGCUUCAGUUUCGCUGAUUAUUUUCCUUUCAUUGGCUGGGCUGAUAGAUUUACUGGGUUUCUUACUCGUCUUGAUAAAAUUUUCAAAGAACUUGAUACCUUUUAUCAGGAACUUAUUGAUGAACAUCUUGAUCCGAAUAGGCCGAAAUCAGAGCGAGAGGACAUACUUGAUGUGUCGCUAAGAUUAUGGAAGAAUCGUGACUUUUCGUUUGAUUUUACCAUUGAUCACGUUAAAGCUAUUCUUAUGGAUGUGUUUAUUGCUGGAACAGACACAACAACAGCCACUGUGAUUUGGGUAAUGUGCUUUCUAAUGAAAAACCCAGAGUAUUUGAAGAAAACUCAAUCAGAAGUGAGACAUUCGAUCGGUGAAAAAGGCUUCGUAGAUGAAGAUGAUCUUAAAGCUUUAACGUAUCUAAAAGCUGUGAUAAAAGAAACAUUCAGAUUGCAACCAACAGCACCAUUGUUAGUACCACGAGAAACACUUGGAAAGUGCAGCAUAGGUGGGUACCAAGUGCCUGCAAAAACCCUAGUCCAUGUAAAUGCAUGGGCAAUAGGAAGAGACCCUGAAACUUGGGAAAACCCAGAGGAGUUCUGUCCUGAAAGGUUCAUUGGUAGCCCUAUUGAUUACAAAGGACGAAACUUUGAGCUCAUACCGUUUGGUGCUGGUAGAAUUUGUCCUGGAAUGCAUAUGGGAGUUGCAACAGUGGAGCUUGCACUUGCUAAUCUUCUUUAUAAGUUUGAUUGGGAAAUGCCAAAAGGGAUGAAUAAGGAAGAUAUCGACUUUGAUGUCCUACCUGGUCUCACUACACACAAAAAGAAUGAUCUAGUCCUUGUGGCUAGGAGAAACAUCAAAUGA